AAAAGAAUACUUUUGCUGUCAUACUCCUCAGCCAUAGCUGUGGUACAAAAUCAGAGGGUAGAGGCGUGCAGUCAGGCUGACUGGAAGCCAGUGAAAUGGAAAUAUGAGCAAUAUUCCAAUUUAACUCCAUAGAAGCCCACUAGUUAGUAAGUAGUUCAUGUAUUUUAGUGCCUGCUGUGUUGCUGCCUACAGGGAAAAUACUCUAAGUGCUUCCCCUUUCUCACAAAGAAAAGAAGUUUCCAUCUAUGUUUUAUAAGGCUGUCUUGUCACAUCCAUUAUACAGCGUGACACAACCAGCCAGAGGAAGUAUUGUGGUGAUUUCCAUCGUGUGUUUCAGCAAGACCUUUUUUGUGAGGGGAAGAAUACAUAUAUGUAUACAAAAGUAUAUUUAUGUAUAGACACACAUACAAAUGUAGGUCAGUUAACUGUGAAGAUGUAGGUGGCCUGUAGAGUGUCAGUGGGCUGUUAAUGCCUACAUAUGUGAAAUCCAAAUAUUCUGUCAUCUGGCCAGCUUGGCACAAACAGGGCAGAAUUAUUACUGUUCUGAGAAUAUUAGGCCAUUACCUGUAACCGCUUUUAGAACUACUUUAUUCCAGUCCAUGGCUGACCAGCUAUUUGAGGAAAUAGCAAAGAACAAAUUCUAGUUUUCAGUCACUGAAGUAUGCUGUUAAUAUCGCAGAAUGAAGAAAAUUCCAAGAGAGAACCCUGAACAGUGUUGGGGUUUUUUUAACCCCUGAGUCAUCCAAUAUCCUGUUCCAUUCAAAAAUGCAAAGGGGAGAUGGUGAUUGGAGGAGUGAUAUGAGGGAUGAUCCACAGACUAUCAAUUUUAUAUAAGGAAAGAUUUUUAAAGGUGCAUGCAUAAAUUUUAUAUGCUUAUGUGUACACAAAUGCAAACUAUCUUCUGCGUGCACAGAGCAAUGCAACGUCAAGUUUUCAGCUGAAGACAGGCACUGCUUGUGACAUUUUAGUUAUCCAAAAAGCCAGUCUUCCUGUUCUGAAACAACUUCAGCAAAAUAUUUUUGUUCAGCAGUAAUAUUCUUACAUACUUCAGACAGUGGGGAGUAUGUGUGUGUAGAUGCAGAAAUACACAAAUAAUCAUCAUGUAAGACUGUGCAGUGUAUUACAGAACUGCUUGACAUAAGCAUCAUUUGACUACUUUGCCUCUUCUGGGUUCAUUACUCCAGCCCUCUCAUCACCAUUCUGACGUCUCUCUCUCCAGCAGGAGUGGUCCAGACACUUACCUAGCUCUGUGUUUUGCUUUGUUUUGAGGUAGCCUGGCUAACUAAAAAAAAAAAAAAAAAAAAAAAAAAUUUCCCUUUUAAAUAUAAUGCUUUCACUCAAAGUGCCCUGGUUUGAGGUCCAAUAUAAGCAUGAUUAAUUUCUGCAUAGGCAACAUCUUCCUAUAUGCCCCUUGAGGACAAGGCAUGAAGGUUUGAAAUCCCUGGGAAGCAGAGAAUUCCCAAAGCAUCAGUAGGGCACCUGGGAAUGAGACAGAAAAAUUGCUUUGGGGGUUAAGGAAUCCCCAGAUUUCUUCAAGCCCAACACUACAGCUACUGAAAUAUUUAAAUAACAAAAACAUGCUUUCACAGAUAGGGAAUAAAAACUGUUGAUCUAGUAAAAACUGAGAGUGAUAUGCUUAUUUGACUGCCUCCAUUUACUACUCAGUAUUUCUGUCUUGGCUGCAAAAUCUAAAACAAGCAAAGAUCUCCAGGAGAAGGAACCUGAUCUGGGGUGGGGAUGUGUGAGGAGAAACACUACCUGCAAUGUGCAGAAGACUGAUGAAAAGCAAACAGUUAUUCCUUCCUAAGAGGAAGGUGUUGCAGAGGAGAAAAGCAGGUUGUUCUGCUCUUGAAACACCUGAGAGAGUCUGCUGCUUGCUGAAGGGAGCAGCCUGGGCACGGAUGAGUGGCCGUGUUCAUGAACAUGACCGUGAAAACCCUCAGCUGUGGAAAUGACCGUGCUGUCCUUGGCUCCUCUUGGUCAGCCCAGCUUCUGGGAGCCGGUACAGGCCAGCUGCUGGUGUGUGCUGGUGGCUUGAAUUCUAAACAAAGCCUGCUGGGGGUUACCCAUCCCAUUUGCUUUUCAGGUAAAUCCCGUGCAAUCUGGCUGAAAAACCUUCUCCCCACUGAGCCCAGAGAAAGCCUUACCACCAACCUCGCCGGGGAAAAACACGGUCUACAAGCCAGCUCCCUUCCUUCGUGAUGCCGCCCACUGCUUUCGUGUCGCCUCGCUGUCACACAAUUGCACCACGCCAUCCGCGUUUUUGGCCCGGUGUCUCAAAUGCAAAAGCGCAUCUUUGUCCCUUUAACUUCUCUCUCAGCUGUUAUGCCUGUUUUCUCCCCUCCUCUGGGACUGUGCACUCUGUUGCUGCUCUGGCUGCCGGGAACGAGCGAGGAGAAUUUCUCCUGCUGGCGAGCGACCGGCUAGUCUGGGGCUGGCGUCUUCCCAGGACACUGCUCUUUGCAUACCAGCAGGCAGAGAAGCAGGAGAAAAGGAAAAGGCAGACAGAAAUAGAAGGCAAGAGACAACAGCUUGAGGACCAGAUACUUCAGCUGCAGCAUUUCAAGUCAAAAGCUCUUCGGGAAAAAUGGCUGCUACAGGGAAUUCCUGCUGGCUCUGCAGAAGAGGAAGAAGCCAGAAGGAGGCAGUCAGAAGAGGAUGAGCUGAAGGUGAAAAAGCUGGAAGAAAACAUACACAGGCUGGAACAAGAAAUACAGAAAUUAGAAAGUGAAGAAUCCCAAAUAUCUGCCAAAGAACAAAUAAUUUUGGAGAAACUAAAGGAGACUGAGAAAUCCCUCGACAACUUGCAAAAGAGUUUCUCACACCAGGAUGGUGAUGCAGUAAAUUACAUUUACUCCCAGAUCCCUGAACUCCCAACCCUCUAUUCACGAACAGCAGAGCCAGUUCCUGGGUGGGACGGAGCAAGCAGAGUAGCUGCUUUGUGCACCAUGGAAAUUAAUGUGGAGAAAGACAAACAGACAGGAGAGACCAAGAUUGUCUCUGCUUCACCUAUUGGCCCAGAUGAGGCCCAUCAAAGAGGAUUCAAAGUCUAUGAUGAUGGUACCAAGGUAGUCUAUGAGGCUCACUCUGGUGGCACAGUGGUAGAAAAUGGAGUACAUAAAUUAAGCUCAAAGGACGUAGAUGAACUUAUGCAAAAAGCUGGACAAUCAAGUGUAAAAGGAGGGUAUGAAACCAUGACUGUGUCAGACAGAAAUGCAGUAGCUGAUGGAAACCUUAGCCAUAUGAAGGAGCAAAUGCUCUUCAAGGAGGCAAAGCUGGAAAUGGUACACAAACCCAGCAAAGAGCAUUCUGUGAACCCUCAGCCCCAAGACAAACCCUGCAGUGGCGAAGCCCCGGAGGCCAGUGCAGAUCAGCCGGUGACAAUGAUAUUUAUGGGCUACCAGAACAUCGAUGACGAAGAGGAGACGAAGAAAGUGCUGGGCUAUGAUGAGACCAUCAAGGCAGAGCUAGUCCUGAUAGACGAAGAUGAUGAGAAGUCGUUGCGGGAGAAGACAGUGACGGACGUCUCCACCAUGGACGGGAACGCCGCUGAGCUGGUCUCUGGCAGGCCCCUGUCAGACACGACAGAGCCCUCCUCUCCCGAGGGGAAGGAAGAGAGCCUGCCCUUGGAAGCUGCCCCAGGUGCAGGAGGAUCAGAUAUGCUGCUGAGAGACCCGCUGGGACCAUCCUCCUGUGAAAGUCACAAAGCUGAGGAGGGUGCAGAGAAAUCUUCCAGAAUCCCUGAGGAUGACAUCAGGUUGAGAAAAAACAGAGACCAAAACUGUGCCAAUUUCUUGGAGCCAGCUACUGUGCUUGCUACAAAGGAAGAGAAAAUGGAAAUUGAAGUUCCAGUUUCUGAACAUAAAAGCAUCACCACGGUGGCUUCACCACAUCCCAUAGACAGUCCAACCCACUUCUUUUCCCCUGCUGCCAGCCACAAUGGACUUAAGGACAGGCACGAAUCUCUGGACAGUGAAGUUGCUAAAGAGAUCAGAUACCUAGAUGAAGUGCUGGAGGCAAAUUGCUGUGAUUCUGCUGCAGAUAAUACCUUUAAUGGGACAUCCUCCCCUGAACCAAGUUCAGUCUCCAUUAUGGAUGGCUCAGGAGCAUCUGUUAAUGUCAAUAAUGAUUCAGUCUCCAGUGAAAGGGAAGAAAAUGUAGCUGACAAGCAGGCACCCUUGGUAGUUGAACCACGUGAAGCUGGCAUAACAGAUGAGAACCUGAAAUCUAAUGGCCAUUCCUUGGGUAGAGUGAAGGAAGACACUAGGGAGAGUCUGAAGGUGCCAGGAAGUCCCACUUCUUCAAACAGUUCUAGAAGAUCUUCUAAGGAUGGAGAAACAACUCUUACAACCCUUAAGAAAGAGGCUAAAUUUGAACUACGAGCAUUCCAUGAAGACAAGAAGCCCUCAAAGCUCUUUGAAGAUGAUGAAGAGAAGGAAAAAUACAGGGUCCGCAAGGUGAGACCAUCAGAGGAAAUGAUGGAACUUGAAAAAGAAAGAAGAGAACUCAUUAAAAGCCAGGCUGUCAAGAAAAACCCCAACAUCGCUGCCAAAUGGUGGAACCCUCCCCAAGAGAAGACCCUGGAGGAUCAACUGGAUGAAGAACAUCUGGAGUCCCACAAGAAGUACAAGGAGCGCAAGGAGAGACAGCAUCAGCAAGGUGCAAUACCAACAUCCCCCAAACAGGUCAGCUGCUCCUUUAUACCACCAGAGCCAGCCAAUAUCAAGAAAGAGGACAUUGUCACAGAGCAAAUUGACUUCUCAGCUGCCAGAAAGCAGUUCCAGCUGAUGGAGCAUUCAGGUCCACCUCAGGGUCAGGCCCCACCAAGGCGGUCAGGAGCACCCAAAAUGUUCUCCAUCAAACCAUUCUACAAAAGCCUCAAUUCUCCGCAUGUAGACAAGCCACCAUUCUCCGUGACAAGACCCAUUUCAGUGUGUGGGCAAACAGGACAGCUCGAGGAUAACAAUGCCACUGUUGUCAAAGCACAGAAGGUCUCCUGUACCUCAGAAGAUGAUACAAGUGCUCAGACUGCCACUGCUGACCCAAUAAGAGAGUUGCCGUGCAGUGAUAGUCCCAGAGCUGGACAGGCCUCAAAACUGUGGGCGGAGGAUGGAGAAUUCAUGAGUGCAAGAGCAGUCUUCACAGUGGUGAAGGAUGAUGGACAGAGUGUGCCAGACCAGUUCCCAAAGUCAGGCAGUGCCUCUUCCCCUCCAGAGGAGCUUGACUCAGGUUUGGAUGACUUGUCUGUCAGGUCUCAGGAUACCACUGUCUUGGAGACCCUUUCCAAUGACUUUAGCAUGGAUAACAUCAGCGACAGUGGUGCCUCCAAUGAGACUAUGAGCGCCCUGCAGGAAAGCUCGCUGGCCGAUUUCUCACUGCCCCAAACCCCACAGGCUGACACUCCAGCAGACUGCAGGGGUGAAGGCAUCUCCAAGUCAUUCAGUGACCUGGGCUGUGACUCACCUUCCUCCACCUUGGCAGACUCCAUGCUGAUUGAUGACCAGCUGGAGUACCAUGCUGGCCUGCUGGUUCAAAAUGCCAUCCAACAAGCCAUAGCUGAGCAGGUGGAUAAAGCAAACUGCAAGGAAGAAGAAAUACCAGCAGAGAAGGAGAUAGUGGUCAAAGAGCAGCCAGCCACCACUGGCCCAGCUCCAGCCUCCAAGGACCAGCAGAACCCAAUGUUUGAGCCACCUCAGGUGUCUUCACCUGUUCGAGAAAAAAGGGACACCAUACCAAAGACUUCAAAAGAGGAAGAUUCAGGACUCAGGGAAGGGAAGAGUUUGCAGCAAUCACCCGUGUACUCAGCCAGCCAGCCAUUCCUUGUGGAGGAAAAUAGGCAUGAAGUCAGCUAUUUCAGCAAGUAUUCAGAGGCAGCUGAGCUGAGGAGCACUGCCUCCAUUCUGGCCACGCAGGAGCCUGAAGUGAGUGUGGGCCCUUUCAAGUUACGGUCAAGAAAGCAGCGGACUUUGUCAAUGAUAGAAGAAGAGAUCAGAGCUGCCCAGGAACGAGAAGAGGAGCUGAAGAGGCAGCGGCAAGGUCUGCAGCUGGCACCAAGCCCUAUUCCGAAGAGCGCACCACCCAUGCCCACCAGAACUGUGUCUUACAAAACUUCACCAGGAAAGAUAGAGAAGAUCAAGCCUCCUCCAUCCCCCACCACAGAAGGCCCCAUCUCACAGUCUGACCUGCCACCCGAGGAGCCUGUGGGAGCCCAGCGACCCAAGAACCUGAUGCAGACCCUCAUGGAAGAUUAUGAAACACACAAAACUAAGAGACGAGAAAGGAUGGAUGACAGCAGUUACAUCUGUAAAUUACUGUCUAGAAAGGUUACUUCUGAGGUCCUUGAGGCGACCAGGGUGAACCGCAGAAAGAGUGCUCUGGCGCUGCGUUGGGAAGCCGGCAUUUAUGCCAACCGGGAGGAGGACGAAUAACCACGCGGCAGCGUGAAGACAGCAACCAGACACUCGGAAACCAAAAAAAAAAAAAAAAAAAAAAAAAGAGAAAGGAAUUUAAAAACAAAACAAAACAAAACAAAAAAAAAAAAAAAAAAAAACAGAAACACCACAAAAGCAGCAGCAUUUUAGUCCAAUAUUUAUUAAACACACAACAAACUCAAUGAUGCACAUAGACACAGAAAUGAUCCAACUCCUGGCAAUCCUAAAACAACAGGAAAAACCCACCUAGGAAAUACCCCCUUCUGAUUCCCUCCAUCCCCCCUCUGAAAUAAUGCAAAGGGGAGUGUGCAGGGGGUGGGAGCCCUUGGGGGGGUGGGACGAGGGGGUUGUUGUCCCCACGGACCGGAGAGGCUGCAGGUGCCUGGCGGGAGGUCGGCGAGGAGGAUCCUGCGGCCAGGGCUCACGCUCGUGCUUCCCGCUGACCGAACUGACAGCCCUGCCUUGCCCCCGGGGUCACCGUCCCCCCAGCAGCUCCCGUCGGACCCUGCAGUCCCUUCACCUCCCACAGCCGCUGCACUGAGGCCGUCGGCGGUACUUCGACGUACUCUCACCCAGCCACAAAACACAACGGUCUUGCCCUCUGUUGCUGUUCCUUUGAGGGGACUGAAAGGUUGGGGUUGGGGUUGGGGUGGCUUUUUGGGAGGGUGGGUUCUGCUCCCCUUUCUAGUAAUUUAUCUGUUUAAAAGGCAAAACAAAACGAAAAACAGGCAGUUAUCGCAAAUGUACAAUCCAGUAGACUCAGUAAAACAGUCCUUGUGUUGCAAACACAAGCCAUCACAAUUUAGGAGUGGAAUAGAUGGGGAUGAGAGCUAAGCCAAAUGGAUUACCUUAGCUUUAGGAUCCUAUAUGCUUGCAAUAUCACCUGAGCUCCAGGUUCUCAGAGCAUAUUUACGUAACAAAGUUUCUAAAUAGAAAAUCUGUAUUUAGAUCAUCUGUAUUUUUUGAUGGGGAGGGAAAAGAAUGGCAUAUGUGUAAAAUCUAUGAAGAUGGAUAAUUUGAAGUAGAAAGGUAGUGGGAAAUGGAUACAAAUAAAGUACAUUUAAUUUUUAAAUGAGGCAAUAAUUGAACUAAGCCAGACCCUGGCCUAGAAAGAGGUAUGAAAUAAAGAAGAAAGUUAUGUCUUCAACUAUAUUUAUACAACAUUAAAAAGCCUUUGAAGUAGAGUGCUUUGUGGAAGUCUUCACAUUUCCAGGCAACAAAAAAGCUAAGGAGCAUAAUGAGUUGGAAGGAGCGAGCAAGGAAGAGCAGACAAGGGAAGAAAACAUUAUUUUUUGCCGUUCAGCCAGUGUUUUCAGUGCUACAAGCAAACCAUAGAGCCUUUAGUUAUUGCUUAGGCUUGGGAUCAUCAGUGAAGGAUUAGUGUGGAUCUGUGUGUGUGUGUGCGUGCGUGCGUGUGUGCAUGUGUGUGUGGGUGUGUGCAUGGGGCUGGCAUACCAGAAAGUGUAUGGCAGUGCGUAUACUGAUUAUUUUCUCCAAAGCUGUUUACCAGCUAUAGGGGUGAGUGCUAAUUUCUUUUCUUUUUUUUUUUUUUUUUUUUUUUUUCUGAAAGGGGAUAUAAAAACAAGGCACUGAGUUAAUGCAGUAUUUGUGAUAUUAAAAUUUGACCCAACAUGGUAUUUGCAUGAGUCACAAUUGCAAAGUAUCGACCAGUUUCGUAAGAUGACAAUUAGGAAAAGAAAUGUGGUAUUUAUUCUUGUGCUUUGUAUUUGUAUGUAGUAUAGAGGCUGCGGGUUUACUCUUUCUUUUCACACAAACAAUACAAUAGGAAUAUUUUACAACUGGGAACCAUAAUUUCUGGACUAGAAAGCAACAAGUUUGGGAGAUGGCAGAAAAAAAGACACUGAGCUUUUUUCUAUAUAAUACAGCAUCUUUUUUGUAAACAAUUUUUAUUUUGACAUCUUUUUAAAAAUUCAUCAGCCAGGAUACUGGUCCUCCCUUAAGCCUUUCCUUGGUUUCAUGACCUGCUGUGCUGUUCUAUCCUCAAGCAGUGAGCUCAUUUAAAAUGAGUACUGAUACUGUGAACAUACUUCUGGUGCUUUUCUUGAACACAGAGCUGGCAACCAAAUUAUCCCUCCCUCUUCAGUUCCUCCAGCAUGCAAUUUCUGUCCAGGGACACUAAAAUUUUUAGGCUUAUUUUCAGGGAAUUGUGGCAAAUACGCUCAUACAUACCUGCUAACUCAGUUCUGCCAGUUGCCUCCCUAAGUGCUAUUGAGCAGAAGAAAACCCUGCUGAACUGAGUGUUCACUGUGAUAAGGGCAGCGAGCUUAUCUCAAGGAUGCGCUCUAAACCCAGGUGCAUGGAGAGGCACCAUGCCUCUGAAGGAACUGCAUACCUAAUGAAGGGGACCUGUUGUUCAGACGUGGCAGUUGACAGUGAGCUGUGAUUCACAUCUGCUAGCGGGUCGUUACCGUAAGACUGUAGGAAAAGCAGUGCCACCAAUGCAGCGCUCUGGUGAGACCAUACAUCACGUAGCCACAUCUGGGAGCUCUGUGCAUCCGUACCAAGAGGAGUCCUGGCUCCCUCUACCAUGGGGAGAGCUUAAGUGAGACUGGGAAAAAAGGGUUUCCUGAGCAGAGGACAUGACCCCUGCACUUACGGUGAGGUGGCCUUGCACCAAACAAUGCUUUUCAGAGUUCCUCACAAUAUUUGCUACCUGAAACCAGCGCAGCCCUCACCUGCCUUUCCCAGGAACCUGCAUCUUUAUUUUCUUUAAGCUGGAGGCCUGUUUUUUCUGCCUGCUCUCUCACUGGAAGCCAGUGACAUCAAUUACCCAUCAUAAGACAUCUUUUUGUGCUUUGCCACAUCCGCCUCUACCACCACACCCAGUCCUCAGUCUUUGAAGUGAAAAUUAAAUUAUUCCCCUAGAAAGGGGAUGUGGUGGUGGGGAGAGGCCAAGUAUGAGUCCUCUGUGCUAGAAAUACUAGCUUUCAGACCCCGUGGCAAAAGUACUUACAUGUAUCAGUCCAGGACAGUCGAACUUUCCACCCAGCUAAGUUUUUCUCUUCCAGAAAUUAUGGACACUCGUAGUCAGCAGCACACAUCUAGUGCUGUGGUAACACGAGUGCAAUGCAGUUUACUUGCCUCUGUUAUUUCAUUUGCAUGCUACCAAGCUUAGGUGUUUAUAAGUAUACGCCAGUAAUACAUAUCUAUCUAUAUAUAACUAUAUCAAAUGCAACAAGAGCACUAUUGCAGAGUUAACUUUGUCUCCACAAAAGAAAUGCUCAGAUCCUUUCCCGUGGCAAAGACUGGUUUUUAUGAAAUUGUGUAUUGAGAAAUAGUUAAGCAUUAGCAUUUGUGAUUAUAAUCAGUUUGGGGUUACAGUGCAGGUUUUCUGAACAAUUUUAAAAGCUGCCAGUUUGGGCUUCAUCUUGCUCCAUACUGACAUUAUCUGAAGGAAAAUACAGUAGCAUUGACAUGUUUGGCAACCAAAAGGCGGCAUCCUUGUCAUGACUUAUCAACCAGUUUCAACAAUACCUGGCUUUCUGUAUGUUAACCACUUAAAUGUUAUCCUGCUUCUGUUUUAUAGUGACUGUGAGGCCUACAAUGCAAGUAUAUAAUUAUUUUCUCAUUAAAACAGAAACCUGUGUUGUGUUUCUAUAAA